AUGACACCCCUGCGAUGCCCUGCCCCCAUCCCCUGGGCGCGGGGGCCAGACCCGUCGCUCUGCGCCCGCCAACCACCCGGUCUCUUCCCCCAGAUCGUCAGCAAGCGAGCGGGCACCCAGUGCAGCAACUGCCAGACGACCACCACCACCCUCUGGCGCCGCAACACCAGCGGGGAGCCCGUCUGCAACGCCUGCGGCCUCUACUACAAACUGCACAACGUCAAUCGCCCCCUGACGAUGCGGAAAGACGGCAUCCAGACCCGCAACCGCAAAGUCUCCGGCAAGGGCAAGAAACGCCGGGGGGCGGCUCCGGGCGAGGCUGGGCCCCCCACCCCCCUCGAACUGCUCUCCCCCCUGGGCGAGGACCCCGGCUCCCUCUACGCCCUGAGCCCCAUGGUCCUGUCCAGCCACCUGCUCCCCUACUCCCCCUCCACCCACCUCCUCGGGCCCCCCCCAGCCGCCUACCCGGGGGCAGGCGCCUCGCUGGGGUGA